AACUGAAGUUGUGUUUCCUCGACAUCGUGAAUCAUCGUUUUUUUUUUUAUUAUUUGCUGCCAGUGGCUCCUUGAACCCUGCAGGAGCUGAACGGUAUUGACCCACGGUUGCUGUUAUCAAUCAGGUCGCGAUAAUGGCUUCUGAUAACGACGAGAUGUACGAGAACCUCAUCGAAGGCUUCAGGCCGAAGUUGAGAGAGCUGAUCAUGGUGCAGCAGGUCCUGGAGCAUUUACACUUCAUCGACAACGAGCAGAAGGAGCGGAUCACCAAGAAGGUGACCAACGAGGGGGAUCGGGCGGCCGCGGAGCUGCUGAUCGACGCCGUCACCAGGAAGCCCCACAGCCCCGGCUGGUUCAGGGCGUUCGUGGUCGCUCUGGAGGAGGCAGGCUGCGGGCGUGCGGCGGACUACAUCCAGGUCAAGCUCCCCGAGCCUGAGGUGGAGGCGGAGAACGAUUAUUUUGUCAAGCUCGUUGAACUAAUGCAUCCCCGUCUUCUGGGCAUGCAGACAAAAGAGGUGCUCGUUCAUUGUGUGUCUCAGAAACUGCUGACGCAGGCCGACGGAGAGAUUAUUGAUGCCGCCACUACAAAUCAAGGGCCCAGGAUCGGAGCCAGUGAACUUCUGAGAAGAAUCGUGAGAGGUCGAGACGGAUGGUUUUCGACGUUUCUCGACGUUUUGCGCGAAACUAAUCACCAGAACCUGUACUAUGACCUGACAGGGAGCUCACCUGGUUGUCACAAGCAAGGCUCAGAUCUGAAGCUGCCGUCGCUGAAAGUAGAACCCACAGGAGGUGAAGCCACCACAGAAGAGAGUCCAGCAGCGGCUGAAAGCUGCGACUGCCCUCAGGAGCUCAUCGCAGACGUUAACAAGGGAGCGAGCACUGAAUUCAAAGAACCUCAACCCAUCAGCUUGGACCCUUCACAACCAGAUGGAACUGACUCGGGAACAGCAGCCAAGAGCCCAGAAAAAGCUGAUAUUGUUCUUCGAGAUUAUCAGACAGAGGUCGCCAGACCCGCCUUGGAGGGGAAAAACAUCAUCAUAUGCCUCCCGACAGGAAGUGGUAAAACCAGAGUCGCAGUUUAUAUUACCAAAAAACAUCUGGACAACAGGAGGGCUGAGGGCCAAUCAGGGAAAGUGGUUGUCCUGGUAAACAAGAUCCCUCUCGUCGAGCAGCAUUAUGUGGCAGAGUUCUUGCCGUUUCUGAAGCGGGCGUACAAAGUGGAGAGAGUCAGCGGGGACUCACCGCUCAAAAUCUCUUUCACAGAGAUUGUGAAGAACAAUGACGUCAUCAUUUGCACGGCCCAGAUUCUUGAGAAUUACUUGGAGAGGUCCAACAAAGGAGAGGACGAAGGAGUGGACCUGAGCGAUCUCACGCUGAUCGUAAUAGAUGAGUGCCACCACACUCAGAAAGGAGGAGUCUACAACCACAUAAUGCUGCGCUACCUGAAGCAGAAGCACAAGAACCGGAGGCUGAAGAAGGAGGAGAAGGAGACCCUGCCUCUGCCUCAGAUCCUGGGCCUGACUGCCUCGCCGGGGGUCGGGGGAGCCACGAUACUGAUGAAGGCUGAGGAGCACAUACUGCGAAUUUGUGCAAACUUGGAUGCUUCCAAAAUCAUGACGAGGAGCCUUGGGGAGUUCAAGAAGGAGCAAAGGAAAAAAGUUCUAAAGAUUGAGGACAGAAAAGAGGAUCCCUUUGGUGAUGUAAUCAAGAAAAUCAUGAAUGCCAUUCACGUCCACGCCGAGCUGAGCCCCACCUGUGACCUCGGCUCUCAGAAUUACGAACAGUGGGUUGUUCAAACAGAGCGAAAAGCCGCCACAGAGGAAGACCAGAAAGUGCGGGUUUGCGCAGAGCACCUCCGCCAGUACAACGAGGGCCUGAAUCUCAGCAACACCAUUCGCAUGUGUGACUCCUUCAGCUUCCUGAACAAAUUCUACGAGGAGGAGAUGAAGAAAAAAACAACACCAGACGACGAGGAGAAAAUACAAAUCACAAACACAGAGAGAUUCCUCUUCAAUUUGUUUAAAGAAAACAAGGAGGAGCUGCGGGAGCUCGCAACCAAACCAGAGUAUGAAAAUGACAGCCUGUCAAAAUUAAGAGCUAAUAUUCUGCAGGAGUUCAGCACCAGGCCGUCGGCAAGAGGUAUCAUUUUCACCAAAACACGUCGCAGCGCCAUUGCUCUAAGUCAGUGGAUCCAGGAAAACUCCAAGUUUGCUGACAUUGGAGUGAAGGCCUCGCAUGUCAUUGGAGGAGGAGACCAGAGCGUUGUCAAACCAAUGACCUCUGCAGAGCAACGGGACGUGUUGACUAAAUUCCACAAGGGUGAAAUCAACUUGCUGAUCGCCACCACAGUGGCUGAGGAAGGUUUGGACAUACCGGCAUGCAACUUUGUUAUCCGAUAUGGCCUUGUGACCAAUGAGAUUGCUAUGAUUCAGGCGAAAGGCAGAGGAAGGGCUGAGGACAGCAGUUACUCUCUGGUCGAGGUGAAGAACUCUGGGGUGGCUGAAAAGGAGGUUGUCAAUGAGUACCGCACGACCAUGAUGGACAAAGCCAUUGAGAAAAUCAGAGCCUUAGAGCAAGAGGAGUAUGACAAACGGAUCAUGGAGUAUCAGAUGCAGGCUAUAAUGGAGAACAGGGUGCUCGCAAAAAAGAAGAAGCAGAAAGGCAUGAAAAACGAGAACCCAUCUGACGUGAAGUUCAGCUGCAGAGGCUGCAACGAACCUGCCUGCAGCGGCGAAGACAUCGAGAUCAUCGAGGGCAUGCACAGGGUCAAUCUUACACCAAAGUUCAGGGAACUUUUCAUUCAGAGAGAAAACACCACCCUUCAAGAGCGACACCUGGAUUAUGAGACCAAUGGCUACAUAGCGUGCAAAAAGUGUGGAGAGAGAUGGGGUUCCAUGAUGCUGUACCGCGGCCUCGAGUGCCCCUGCCUCCAUGUGAAGAACUUUGUGGUGACGUUAAAGGGGAAGAACAUAACCAAGUGCACCAAGUGGAGUGAGCUCACCGUCAGGUUUUCUGCCUUUGACUACGCCGACCACGCGAGCCAAGUGGCACAGAGCUCCGACGAUGAGGACGAAUAGGCUCGCAAACAAUUAUGUACACAUCGACUUCUGUUCUGAUCUAAACUGUGGGUCUUGCGCCGGCGGGAUUACUGCACCCAUCACACUGGUGAAUGCAACGCUUCCUUUGUCAUGUUAUUUGAAUCACACCAUAAUGUUAACUGGAGUCACUGGUGGUGGAUAUAAGCAUGUGCAUGUUUGUAUGGUGCCAUUCUUUUUUUUUGUUCUUCACAAAUAUGUAAUGUUGCCAAACCAUGAAGUUGCCCUGGGGUCGUUGGACAAAUGUUCAAAAGAUUAAUGAAAAUAAUAAGAAUAAUAAUAAUAAUAAUAAUAAUAAUAAAAGAGUUUAGGCUCAAACCGCUGUGGUCUCAUGAGAUGGGAGCCACUGAGUGUGUGAUAGCCCCUCAGCGGCCACCUGUCAACACACAUGCAGACAAACAAAGUGCUGGUGGUUUUCCAUCAGAUCCAACUGGUAGUGAGUCACAACUGUUCAGACAGUCAGAGCUGCUAUUUUUAGAACUAUUUUUUUUAAAGGACUGCUUCCUUGAAGGGAUAAAUACCUUUGUGGUGUCACUGAUUGGGACAUGUGCAAACAUGCAAGCUGUGUGGAUCCUUGAGCCAUUAAAGUGUGCUCCUUAUUUGGCUGUCUUUACUGAAUUUGAUUUAAAUAAAGAAUCCACAACAUGA